AUGUCCAGCUCAGACAGACCCUCAGGGGAAACAGAUGCCCGGCAGCUCCUGAAACUCUACAGAACUGAGAUCUCUAUGGCGGUGGAUGACACCUUCCCACUGCUCCACGGCCUGGCUGAUCACGACAUCAUCACAGAGGACAAGUUCAAGGAGACUCAGAGUCUGAGAGAAAGGGAUGGCUGCCACAAGGCCCUCCAUGCCCUGCUCAGCUGGCUCCUGGGCAGGGACUCGGCCUCCAUCCGAGGCUUCUGGACCGUGCUGUUUAAGGACUACAACCUUGAGAGAUACGGGAGAUUACAGGCCAUCCGCAGCAGCUUCCCCAAAGACGUGGACCUCAGCCGAGGCCACAAGGGGAGGAGACCCCCAGCCAACCUGAAGGUCUCGAGCACCUACAGACUCCAGGGGAAGAGGAAGGGCCUUGAAGAAAAGGACUCCCCUCAACCAGCCUCCCAGUCCCUGAGAUGUGCUUCCAGUCCAGGACCCCCCCACAAAAUGAAGCCCCCCAAGAAGCCAGAGAACCCAGAGCCCCCACGCUUCCCCCUGGGAAAUGGAAUACGGAGUGUGUCUGCAUCAGUCCAGAGGGCUGUGGCUGUGUCGUCCACUGAGCUCCCAGGCACCUGUGGGGCAGUGGAGGGCGUCCUCAUCAAACAGGUCUUUGAGUCAGGUGGCUCCAAGAAAUGUAUCCAGGUAGGUGGAGAGUUUUAUACACCAGGCAAGUUUGAGGAGCCCAGCGGAAAGAACAAAACAAGAAGCUCAAAGCCGCCAACAAGAACCAAGGCUACCCAAGUGCCCCAAAAUGGCAGGGCAGAGCUGCAGCUGAGCCAACAGGGCAGUGUUCCUGCCCCUCCAGCACAGCCCCCAGAGCUGCACCUCCACCAGAAGAACGACGAUGAGUGUGCCGUGUGCAGGGAUGGUGGGGAGCUGAUCUGCUGUGACGGCUGUCCCCGGGCUUUCCACCUGGCCUGCCUCAAGCCACCACUGACUGAGAUUCCCAGUGGGAUGUGGCGGUGUGGAUGCUGCAUAGUUGGGAAGGUGCACCAGGAUGGGCAUCAUGAAGGGCAAAGAGACGACCACUCAGAGACUCCGGCUUUCCUUGGACUGAGGCCAGCUAGAACGCAGGAGAGGAGCCUGGUCCAGGAGACUGCCCAAGGCCUAGGGGUGGCUUUCCCGCUCAAACAGCCUCUCCAUUCUGCUUCUUCUCCAUCUCUGAUGCCAGCACUUCCUCUGGCUAUCUGCCAGCCCCCCCAGAACUCAGGGCCUGAGAGGCAGCAGCUCUCAGCUGAGGACAGGUGUGGGGUCUGCCAAGGAAGCGAGGACGUGCUUCACUGUGCCCAGUGCUGCAGGACCUUCCACUGGGGCUGUCAUUUUCCAGCUGACUCCAGCAGGACAGGUGGGAAGAUCAAGUGCAAACUCUGUUCACAAGAUUCUGCCCUCACUCCUGGAGAGGACACUCUGAGCUCUAGCAUCUCAACCCAGGAGUCUGUGAAGGUAACUGGAGAUUCUACUCGGAAGGAGACCAUUCUGAAUAAAGAUGAGCUGGACUCACUUCUGGGAGAGAACUCCUUUGAUGGAAUCCUGCAGUGGGCAUUCCAGAAUAUGGCACGCCCCCUCUCUGAGGCCCAGAGCUUUUUCUCUUAAUGCUCUAUAAAAACGGAGACCAUCCAGCCAAGAAGGAAUAUAGACAGGUGGUGGUGAUGAUCAUCUUGAGAAGCCCUGGGCUCUUUCCCACACCUGGAUCCAGCAAUCGGCAGAUUUCUUGAGCAUCCCCCCAAUGCAGGAGCAAUGACUGGUGUCUGGCUAUAUGAUGCCAUGGAACAAAAGUACUCAU